UGUUGGAUGGCCAUUUCUUAUGUUUUGGAGGUUUCCAUCGGAAGGGCACCAGUAGGGGGCGCGAGAAAGCACAACGACGAUUUAUACAUGCAUUAAACCAACGUUAGAUAAUGAAAUGGCGACAUUUCGAGACCAUUGUUAAACAUUUUUCAACUUUGGCUCAUAUUAUCUCAGUGGAAACGAUAUAAAAGCCCAUUUUCUGAAAGCAACACAUCGUCGUAAGCAGUCUACAAAUUUCUCUGGAAAUUUUUCCCCUCUGCCUGCUUUAAAGACGUUUUAUUCAAAGGUCAUCAUGAAGGCUUUGUUGUUCAAACUUCUGAUCAUCUGCCUGCUGGGAGCCCUGCAUGCAAAACCAGAAGAGAUGGCUGAAGACGAGCAGAACCUGAGGAAGAGGUACGCUGAGUCUACCAUCGCCAGCGAAUUCAGCAAAAUCAUGGAUUCAAUGGUGCAGAAAAACUUUAUCAAGUUCCUGCUCAGCCAAAGGCAGAAGAAAACCAAGCCCGCUGAUGCUGGGAAGGAUUUAGAGGAACAUCAGUACAACGACUUGCUGAAGCUCAGCCUGCAGGAGAAGCAGGGGAGAAACAUUUAGGCUGUGAGGAUCCAGAAGGAUGCAGUGGCACUGUGGAGACAUCAUCUCAACUCUUCUUCAUCUUUAACUCUGUGAUGGACAAUCUGUAGGUCUACUAGUGUAAAACUGUGAAUAUUUGUCCCGUGCAAAAGCUCCAUUUG